UGAUGUUGAUGCAUUUAUCUGUUUACUGUUUAAGGUUAAAGUACAUUUCUAAGUUUAAUUUUUAAAUUUUAUCCUUCAAAUAUUCUGUAUUAAUGGAUAACCAAUUUUUAAUAAGAAUUCUGUAUUAGCCACUUAAUAUCUUGUUUAUUAUUAUAUUUAGCAUGUCAUUUUUAACGAUUGAAGUAUGAAUAACUUUUAUAACCUAGCAUUAUUUUAGGUUAUAAGAUAGUAGUCCAAAGUUUCAUAAACUGACAAUACAAUAAAACUUUUCUAAUAACCCUGUUUAUAACAAAUACAAUGAUUUAUCACCAAUUAUUUGAAUAAAUAAUUUCAUAUCCGUUAGCUAUAUUACAUAAAAAUGUUGAACGAUAAGAGAUACCCGGCAAACCACAAAACGCUGUUUCUUUUGGAUCAUACACCGUAUUUUGGAAUACCAUGUGAGUGUUUAAUUGAAUUCGAUUUCACCAAAUCAAGAGGACCGGGUUUUAUUCCUUUAGCACCGAUAUCGAAAUCGUUGUGGACUUGUAGUGUUGAGGCUGCAAUUGAAUAUUGCAGAAUCGUUUGGGAUAUUUUUCCAGAAGGAAAACUGGUUCGAUUUGUUGUCAGUGACAGUACCGCUCACGUUUUAAACUCAUGGAAUCAAUCACAGCAGAAUUUAACUCAUUUGCUGAGUGGAUUGUCAGCAGUGGGUGUUCCCCCCUCCCACCGCCACACACCUCCGAACGAAUACACGGUUGUGCACGGCAUACGAGCCGCUGUCAAAGCUCUCAGCGAAAGCUCCGAAAUUCAGCAUGAGAAGCGCAAUUCUCUCAAUGAAACUGCAUCAAUGCUUUUAAAUAAUUGUAGAGUGAUAUGCCUGACUUCAGCGAGAGAUAAUAUCAGCAUUAAAAGUAUACAGGAAAUAUUUCUGAAUGAACUCGUUCAAGUCAAUAAAAUAGCUGCUUCAUCUGAUCAUUUGAUUCCUGUCAAUAACUGUCAUCUAGUAAUUAUAAAUGUUUAUCCAAAUAAUAUGGAAAAUGUACCUGUCACUCCACAUCCAUUGAGAGAGAUAAGUAAUCUGUUAAGCUGUGAAGUACACUGUGCCAAAGCCGGGGGACAAAUAGCCAGUAAAUUGUCACAUCUGAUUCUGUCGCACUAUGAUCUGGCAUCCACAACAGUCACUGGAAUUCCGAUGAAAGAAGAGCAGAACGCCAGCUCCUCUGCCAAUUACGAUGUCGAAAUAUUCCAUCCGUCACAAGCUCAUACUGCUCUUCUUAAAGGACACUCAGCCGACGUGGGAAUGAUAAAGGAGGGCACUGAUUACGAGAGUGUGACCUUGAAAUGGUGCACACCCAGGGGCUGCUCGGCCGCAGAAAUGCACAACUGCACCGCCAUGUUCAGAGUUACUCCUGUUGAUGUAAACAGUCGACCAUCGUCGUGUUUGAUCAACUUCCUGCUGAACGGGCGGUCGGUGAUGCUGGAGAUGAUAAGGCGCGGAGGGGGCAAGAUGAUCUCGCACCUGCUGGCGGCGCAUGGCGGCGAGAUAUUCAUCCACAGCCUGGUCACCGGUCGCAGCAUCCUCGAGGACCCACCUUCCAUCUCCGAGGGCUGCGGCGGACGGGUCACCGACUACAGGAUCACGGAUUUCGGUAUGCUGAUGCAAAUGAACAAACUCUUUCCUUUGCGGUUAUCUGAAGAAGAAAAUAAACCACCAUGGCCCAUUGACAAAAUGAAAGAAAGGCUAAAUCGAUUCACCAAGUACUGGCCUCUUACCAUCUCCAAUACAUCGAUCUUCAACUUCAAAAUGUACAUGGAACCUCUGCUGUCAGUGAUGGUGUCGGAGAGCCUGACGGAUGACGAGGUGGUGCAGUGCAAGCAGUGCAUCUACACGCUGAUGACACUGGAGUCGAAGCACGAGCCACUGCAGGCCACCACCGCCAUCGGACACCACGGGCACCACGGACACCGCGGCAAGGGGCCCAAGCGCGACGAGCAGUACCACAAGAUGUGGAAUGAACUCGAGACUUAUCUCAGAUCUCAUCUGCAUUCCGAUCAGCAUUCGAGAGUUCUGCACUGCUUGCUGGAGUGCCGCAACAAGGAAAUUGAUGACAAGACCAAUGUCGAAUUGGACCAGGCUCUCAGGGAACUGGAUCAGUUCCCGAAGGACUCGACGGCAUCACGGUCCGGCACUCCGACGCUCGGUGGCGACGCGGCGCACCGGGCGUCGGUGAUUCGCGCGACGACCGACUCGCCGCUGUCUCCACCGCCCCAGGCGUCCGCCGCCUCCGGUCGCAGCCGACCCUACCCGGCACCCCGCACUCUGCUGGAGCUGUUGGUGUCGCGGCAGAACGCAGACAACUCCAAACACAAGCGGCCUGACUUUGUGGGUCGCGUCACUGCCGAGCCACUUGCUAACGGCGGCAGUCUCGCCAAGCUCUACCCCAACCUCAAGUUGGUCGAAGGCGCCGGACGGGAUGUUGUGUCGGCUGUCUUGGAGUGAACUGUCUUAAUAAUAUUGAACUGUCAUCGAGUGAUACGUGGCUCCUACACUCAAUUGUCCAUAAAGUUUAGUUGUAACAAAUUAAACAAAUCUCAAUCAUGAUAAUACAUAAUUUAACCAUUGACAAAUAUUUUUUUAUGCAUAAGAUAAAACAUAAUUGAUUUUUCUAUCAAUCAAUAAUUUUAUUCAAUCCAACGCAUGAUACACAAAAUACAAAACAAUACAUUCAAAAAUAAAAUACAAAAAACAGUGCUGUAAAGAAAGAAAGGAGGAAAAUUACCCAACCAACUAUGGUUUCCCAUGUUCUGAUCAGAUGUGUUGUAUGUCGAAUUUAUGAGUGAACUAAAUCAUUACAAGUUCGUUUUGUUUUCUACAAAAUACAGCAUAUCUCACACUAAAUUUUAGUUCUCGUUGAGUUUCGGUAAAGCUGCGCUUACAUUGGUCAGGUUUCCUUAAUUUUGAGCAAAAUAGAGCAAAUCUCACACUAAAUUUUAGUUCUCGUUGAGUGUCGGUAAAGCUGCGUUUACAUCGGUCAAGUUUCCUUGAAGUUUUUUUGACGUUUGAGUUGAGGGGGAGUUAAGGAAAGGCUAGGGAGGUUAGGUUUUGGCUUAUAAAUGGCAAUAUUAUAUUAAUAUUAUUUGAAAUGUUUUUUCAGGACACAGUAUCAAUUUAAAAUAUGUUACUGUACCAACAAAGCAACUGGAACCAACCAGACAAACUGAAAUUUCGCGUAUCUGAGAUUCUCGAUAAGAAAUGUAGGUAAUAUGAUUGAGACAGUUGUAUUUUGUCUAAUUUAUCUGGUCUUAAUUGAA